GGCGUGAUUGGGCGGAGCGCCUCGGGUGGGCGGGGCGGAGCGCGAUGGGCGGGACUACCCCAUAUCCCGGCGUCCCCCGCGCGCGUCCCUCUCUUCCGGCGCCAAGAUGUCGAAGCGAGGACGCGGCGGUUCUUCCGGUGCGAAGUUCCGCAUCUCCCUCGGUCUCCCGGUGGGCGCCGUGAUCAACUGCGCCGACAACACAGGUGCCAAGAACCUCUACAUCAUCUCCGUGAAGGGCAUCAAGGGGCGCCUGAACAGGUUGCCGGCGGCUGGCGUGGGUGACAUGGUGAUGGCUACCGUGAAGAAGGGCAAGCCGGAGCUGAGGAAGAAGGUCCACCCCGCAGUGGUCAUUCGACAGCGGAAAUCGUACAGGAGAAAAGAUGGGGUGUUCCUCUAUUUUGAAGACAACGCAGGAGUGAUAGUAAAUAAUAAAGGUGAAAUGAAAGGCUCUGCCAUCACAGGCCCUGUGGCUAAGGAGUGCGCGGAUCUGUGGCCCAGGAUAGCUUCCAAUGCAGGAAGCAUUGCAUAAACGCGUUCGUCUUCGUAGAGAUAAAAUAAAACUCCUUGUACCAAAAAAGAAGUGUCUUUCUUGCCAAAGCGCCGCCCUCUGCCGAGCAGGACAGUGUUAGAAUGAGGGAGCUGGUUCUGGGAAGUCUUUUUAUGGAACUCCUUGUGUGGAUUUAUACUUCGGCAGGAAAAUGGGAUUUUGGAGUUCUAAUAUCCAGUGGCAAGUCUCUUUUUCAGGCAGGUUCCUGUAACACUGGAAAAUAUUUGGAAGGGGGUUGGACUGAAAUUACUUGAAUUUUGGCAGUAUUGAUUGAAUUGCUCCAGUUUAUGUGCGCGUGGAUAGAAACUGGGAGGUGUCUGUGAAAGCCCUUCUAAGAGAAGCCUUCGUACAGGGGCUCCCAAAAGUGCAGGUCUGGAAUUUUCUUCCAGAAUGGACAGUUGAACUGCUUAGAGAGACUGGUGUGAUUGUGUGUGUGUGCGGGGUGGGGGGAAUACUGCUUGGGGCUGGCGUGUACCACGAGCCGCAGAGUUCACUGUGGACAGCGGGCUCUGAAGAAUGUUCCAUGGACCUUGGCUGAAGACGUGCAAGGCCACAUCGAGCCACCGCUGCUGGCUGCGGUCGUGGCUGAAGCACAUGCCACUAAACCCUCCAGCAGUGGUGAGACAGGCGCUGAGGUCGUUAAUUGCUAAUUGCAAGUACAAGGGGUGAUGCGAACUGUCAAAAGUCGGCUGAAAGGCUUCAAGACUGGAGCUGAAGGUAGGUCUCUGCCAUGUGGAGCUGCUUAUUCCUGCAGUCUUCCCUCUGGCAGGGAUGUAGUCGGAUCUGAACGGCUUUUUUCCUGGCCCUCCCAAGCAAGCAUCACCGGAGGGGUACAGUGACAAUAGGGGUGACUUUGUCCUGCAUAUUGUGGCCCUGGAGCCCUGUAGCACCCAGACAAACCCAGCACACGCGCUGCUGUGGGCCACGGGGCAGGUAACGGGGUGCUGCACCCCCCACCUCAGGCAGCCCCGAUGCGGCUGGACUUGCCUCCAUCUGCCUGGGCGCUUACUUGUUCCCGCAACACGUGUCAGUUUGCCCUUCCGUCGAGAUUCCUGAUACUUUUGUGCUGCUCCUGAUGAUUUCAGUGCAGACAGGUUACAGUGGAGGAAGGAGGGUGGUGAGGGGAGCAAAGCCCGAGAGAUUUUGUAGCAAACAUAGGUAACGAUGGACAAGAGCACCAGGAGGUUUGGAGAGGUUUGUAAAGUGGUGGUGUUUUUAAACAACUGUUUGGCCUAAGCAACGUAAAUCCGCGAAAUAUGGUGUGCUAAAAAUUGUUUCUGUUGGAUAACUGGGAGCUGUGCACUGGCAGCAGGUGGGGAGGCAAAACCUGUAAAAGGACUUGCAAGGACUGAGGGCCGCUCUCUUCUCUACAGGCCGUUCCUCAGAGCAGGCAAGCAGACGUGGCUUCUUCCCAGCAGCCCUGGAAGCCCCGGAAGGGUACAAGAGGCGCCCUGGCUGUCACUGGAGCACGCCGACCCUGCAGCUGAAGUGGACGUCUCUGAGAGCGGUGGCCGCCUCUCCAGCGCGCUGGUGAUGAAGGAGCUGAUCCUCAGCCCUGGGGAGAGACGCAGAGACCUGCUUAUGAGUAAGGAGCCACCACGAAAAUAAAGGUGUUCCCCCUUGAUCUAUUUUAA